UGCUCACUUACCUCCAGUUCUGGAGCUAGCUCCUUUGCAACCAGACUGUAAGUAAUUUCAGCAUCCCAUCAGAGAGAAUCUUAGGGGGAGGGUGUCUGAUCUGAGAGAGGUGGAAGAAGUUAGAGGCUCUCUUCCCCCAGGGUCCAGACCUUGCGGGCCUCCACUCACAAAGGCACAGUGCACGCCCACGAAAGAUCCUGGCUUGCUGCAAGUCGACUCCCACAGGCCUCGGGCCAGAACUGGGUGGAGGUGGAGGUGGGGGUGGUAAAGGAGGGCUCUGGCAUCACGUGCCUGUGCAGGCACCUCAAUAAAUGCGGAGAGCUGAGGAGCCGCGGAAGCGCCUGGCGCCAGGGCUCUGCAAGCUGAAGCAGGAGGUCCCCGGGGAGUUUUUCCUUUGUCCCACCUCACCCUAGAUCUCUGGAACACCGGGAACCACUCUGAGAGCUGCUUUCAGGGGCACUUUGCUAACUUUGGAGCCCGUGCCCACUGCUCCUCCCAGGUUCGCUUUGAGACACAGAGCUAGGGGCUCGCGUCCCCAGGGGUCAGCCAGCUCCUCACUCUGACUCCCGCGGUGGCCUGGUCCUUGUCGCCUCUGUGAAGGGCAGAGUCAAGGCAAGGAGCAGCUGCAGAGACAAGCAGUUCUGUAAGGCUCCGCUCUCUGAGGAACAUCACACUGGAGAGCCACAAGGAGUGGAAGAGCCUGUCUUGGAGAUUUUCCCCGGGGAAACCCAGAGGCCAUUCAUUAUGAUGUGUAAGGCACAGGAGUGGCUCAGAGUGACCGCACUGCUAUUUGUGGCUAGAGCAGUUCCAGCUAUGGUGGUUCCUAAUGCCACUUUGCUGGAGAAACUUUUGGAAAAAUACAUGGAUGAGGAUGGUGAAUGGUGGACAGCUAAGCAAAGAGGGAAAAGAGCCAUCACAGACAAUGACAUGCAGAGCAUCUUGGAUCUCCAUAAUAAACUGAGAAGUCAGGUGUACCCAACAGCUUCUAAUAUGGAGUAUAUGACAUGGGAUGUGGAGCUGGAAAGAUCUGCAGAAUCCUGGGCUGAAAUGUGUUUGUGGGAACAUGGCCCCGCGAGCCUGCUGCCCUCCAUUGGACAGAAUUUGGGGGCACACUGGGGAAGAUACCGACCCCCAACCUUUCAUGUACAAGCAUGGUAUGAUGAAGUGAGAGACUUUAGCUACCCAUAUGAAAAUGAGUGUGACCCUUACUGUCCUUUCAGAUGUUCUGGCCCUGUUUGUACACACUACACUCAGGUGGUGUGGGCUACUAGUAGCAGAAUAGGCUGUGCCGUCAACCUGUGCCACAACAUGAACAUCUGGGGGCAGAUAUGGCCCAAGGCAGUCUACUUGGUGUGCAAUUACUCCCCUAAGGGAAACUGGUGGGGCCAUGCACCUUACAAACAUGGAAGGCCUUGUUCUGCUUGCCCACCCAGUUUUGGAGGAGGCUGUAGAGAAAACUUGUGCUACAAAGAAGGGUCAGACAGGUAUUAUACCCCCCGAGAAGAAGAAACAAAUGAAAUUGAACGGCAACAGUCUCAGGUCCAUGACACCCAUGUUCGAACAAGAUCAGAUGACAGUGACAGAAAUGACGUCAUCAGCACUCAGCAGAUGUCUCAGAUUGUUUCUUGUGAAGUAAGAUUGAGAGACCAGUGUAAAGGGACCACCUGCAACAGGUAUGAGUGCCCUGCUGGCUGCUUGGACAGUAAAGCUAAAGUAAUUGGGAGUGUACAUUAUGAAAUGCAAUCCAGUAUCUGCCGAGCUGCCAUCCACUAUGGGAUAAUAGACAAUGAAGGUGGGUGGGUAGAUGUCACUCGACAAGGGAGAAAGCAUUACUUCAUCAAAUCCAACAGAAAUGGCAUUCAAACAAUUGGAAAAUAUCAUUCUGCUAAUUCCUUCACAGUCUCCAAAGUAACAGUUCAAGCUGUGACCUGUGAAACUACAGUGGAACAGCUCUGUCCAUUUCAUAAACCUGCUUCUCAUUGCCCCAGAGUGUACUGUCCUCGAAACUGUAUGCAGUCAAAUCCACAUUAUGCUCGUGUAAUCGGGACCAGAAUUUAUUCUGAUCUGUCUAGUAUCUGCAGAGCAGCGGUGCAUGCUGGGGUGGUUCGAAAUCAUGGUGGAUAUGUGGAUGUCAUGCCUGUGGAUAAAAGAAAGAUGUACACUGCUUCUUUUCAGAAUGGAAUAUUCUCAGAAAGUUUACAGAACCCUACAGGAGGAAAGGCAUUCCGUGUAUUCGCUGUUGUUUGACCGGGAACACUUGGAAGGGUAACAGAAAGCCUGCUCCAAAUGCCACAUUUCUGAUGUCUGUAUACAACUGUAACAUUGCUGUACAGAAGAGAAAACGUAUUGCCAGCCCACCACCAGACUACAAAUGCGGGCCACUCUUGAUAGACAAAGUCUAUAAAAUAAAAUGUUAGCUUUGGGGAAAGUAAUGAACAUUAAUGGUUUUAGAAAUCCUGUGUUAAAUAUUGCUAUAUUUUCUUAGCAGUUAUUUCUACAGUUAAUUACAUAGUCAUGAUGUUCUACAUUUCUUAUAUGGUGCUUUGUAUAUGCCACUGAUGAAGUAUAUCUAAAGUGACUGUGAAUGGCCCUUAGAGAAUUAUCUGUGCAUUGAAAAGCAAUCAGCCUGAAAACUAAAUGAAACUUUUAAGUCACUUUUUUUUUCAAACCAGUCCAGUAUUCAGUUCUGACCUAUUUUAAAUCUCUAUCUGCCUUACCCUUAGGACUGGGCAGUUUUUCUCUUGUGUUAAGUUUCAUUGUGCAGAAUAUUAAGUCCUGAUGUGGCACUUGUUAUUUUGUAUUAAAAUAGUCUUUUAAUUUCCAA